AGGCAGGCUAGGGAGAGGGGCUGCUGCUUUCUCCUGACUCAGCCCUUGGACCAGCUGACAGCCCUGAGAGCAGGGAUUUUUUAUGGCUUCUGGAAGGUGGGAGUGGUUGUGAGAGAGGGCAUUGUGAAGAACAGAAGAAGGAAGAGCAAGUGGAGGCCAGAGCAAUUGAUGGGCAGCUCCUCAACAUUGUCCUGGAUCACUGUAUUGCUAUUAGUGUCUAAGUCUAUUACAUCUGAUCAUCCUACAAUGUUUUGGUUACUGUGUAUAAUGUUCUCCUGGUUCUGCUUGUUUCACUCUGCAUCAGUUUGUGAAGAUCUUUCCUGCUCUUUCUGAAAUCAUUCUGUUCAUCAUUCCUUACAACACAAUAGUAUUCCAUCAUCAUCAUAUGCCACAAUUUAUUCAGCCAUUCCCCAGUUAAGGGACAUCCCUUUAGUUUCCAAUUAUUUGCCAUCACAAAAAGUGUAGCUAUAAAUAUUUUUGUACAAACAGGUCCUUUUUUAUUUUUACAGUUUCUUUGGGAUAGAGAUCUAGUAGUUGUAUUGCUGGAUCAAAAGCUAUGCAUUGAAGAUCACAUGAUAUGAAGAUCACAUUUUAAAAUCCUACAUUUCUCUUCAACUUUCCUUAGAAACUGGCAUCCUGUAAGAGUGAAGAUGAAAUCCUUGAGCAGUGCUUAGUUUGGUGCCCCCUCCAUUGUACUCGCCAGGCCUGCAGAAUGGGGAUGUUUCACACUGUUCCUGGCCUAGGCUCACUGGCUUUCUUCAGUCUUCCAGCUCCUCACACUCAUUCCUUGUCUCCGCCCCUCAGGCACAUUGUUUUCUUCCCUCCUCAAUCUCCCAGCCCCUUUGGAUCAACUCUGUGCAGAUCAUUGGCAACUCUCUAUCUUGGGAGCCCUAUCUGAUCUUGCUCCUGAGCUUUAGACUUUGAAUCUUAAACUGCCCAUUUAAAAGAACCUUCUCCUGUUCCUGUGGGUCCAUAGGCACCUCAGAUAUAAAAUGGCCCAAAUCAACCUUUUCAUAGAAGGAAAAUUCCUUCAAAACAGGAAUUGUUUAAAUUUUUUUUUGGUAUCCCUAGUUCCUGGCAACAUAGUAGGCACUAAAUAAAAAUUUUGGUGGAUUCCUCCAAAAACUUGUUCCUUUUGAUUCCUGUCCAUGGUAUCCCCAUUCAUCCAAUAUCCUAUGUUUGUAACCUUAGUGUGCCCAUUAAAAAAAAAAAUAAACCCUUAUCUUCUGUCUUGGAGUCAAUGGGGGUUAAGUGACUUGCCCAGGGUCCCACAGCUGGGAAGUGUGUGAGGCCACAUUUGAACCUAGGACCUCCCAUCUCUAGGCCUGACUCUCAAUCCACUGAGCCACCCAGCUGCCCCCAGUGUGCCCUUUUUUGAGACUUAGUCUUCACCUCCCCCACCCCCCUUCCUGGCUCUUUCAUCUUCCUGCAGUCUUUCUGAGAGGAUCUCCAAUGUAUCCUAUCUCUUCCUAACUGUUCACUGAGUCUAUUUUCCCUCUAAACUGCCCCCCCCCAACAAUUUAUCCUAUAUUCUGUCUCCCACCUGCCUUUCAUUUGCCAUUUUUUAGUUUUCUGUGCCAUUUGCCUGCUGGGUUAUAACUCCCUGAGGGCAAGUUCAUGUGUUCUUUAUCUCUUCCUCAGCCUGGCACUCUUCUGUUGCUGUGCUGCAAUAUAGUAGGGAGUAGAUACUUAAGGAAUCACAUUGAGGAUGAAGGUGUUGUGGAUUUUUUUUUUUUUUCAUUUUUAACUUAAGCAAGCUGAUUCCUUUUCAUGACUGUCACUCAAUUGCUAUUAUUGUCUGUAGGAAGUAUUGAUUACUUCAGUCACAUCAGAAUGUUGUUGGACUUGUAGAUGUUCCUUUUCAGCUUCUAUCCUUCAUUAUUAGAGUUCCUUUACAUCUCCAAAGACAACUGAAAUAACUCUUCAGUUGUUUAGAAGAUCUCAUUUAUUUGUGCCUUCUCUCAGAAAGGCAUAGAAUAAAUAAUGUUAAUUGUCCUAUGGUCAAUGCAAAAGAACAUUAGUUAAUUGAACUUUAAUACUCCAGUCAAAUGGCAUUAAUUUACUCAUUAUUUGUGUUGUUUUGCUAAGGGAAUAUAAAGAUCUACAUUUUAAAGACAGACAUAGGCACUUUUCCAAGGAAGUCUAUGUUGGUCCCUGUUAGUUAAGAAUUUGUCCACUGGACAGGAGAUGAAAUAAAAAUGCCAAUUACAGUAGCAUUUAAAACCAAUACCAAAUUUUGCUCUUCAAAUGAAUGCCUUUUUUUUUUUAAGGAGCCUGAAGGAUAACUCACACACCCAGUGAAAGGAGGAAACUUAGUACUUAAACUUAACAUAAAUGUAUUCUGAGUUGAUGAAUAUCAAAUGCAUUUACUUUAGAGAGGAAUUUAAAAAUCUUUUUUCUAGCUAAGAGGAUUAUCUUUUUCAAAUACAUGGACGCUUUCUUUCCAGAAUGUCUUAAAAUUUGUUAUUUUCUCCUUUCCCCAAAAUGACUAGUUUUUGUUAGUAUUUGGAAAAUUAAAGUCAGUAAUUACUGUUUUUGAGGUGAGGAAAAGUAGUUUUCUUGUAUGUUCAUCUGUCUACUACUAUUUCUUCACUAAAAACCAGGCUUAGAAAAUUAGACUUGUUCUCAAUUUUCACACCCUCUGGUUUCUAGAUUCAGAUUUCUCUACUGGCAUCAAAAGUUCUUAUAUUUUCCCCAUUACCAAGCAGGUACAUUUUAAGAUAAAAUGUAAUACUAUGCUAUUAAAAAAAAUUUAGGAGAUGAUUUUCUAUAUAGAGAAAAGAUGAAAUGCACUGUGCUUUUUUACAUGUAAGAGUUUAGCAGCAUUUCCCUGUUAUUGGAAAAGGUAAAAGUGACCAGUUGGUCUAGUCUAGUGCACCUCAUGCAAAAGGUGUGUAAAACAAUUCUAAAAAUAAUGGAUGGUUUGAAAAGAUUGUUUCUCAAGAAGUAUAGUCUUGUUUGACCUUAAGUCUUAUGAGCUUUGUCUCUGGUUUCCAGCCAGGGGCUUUCACUAUGAAAGCACAUCAUUUUUAGUGCUAAACUAUUUUUUGACACACUGAAUGAAUGCAAUAUGUUAACACUCCUGUAAGUCCCAGAAUUGCUUGGCUGCCCCUUGCCCUGCCUGCCUGGUACUGGCUGAAAAGGUACCAUUGUUUGUUCUGCAAACACUGGGUGAUGUUUGUUUCCAAGGUGACUGUGGUUCUAUUGCUGCCGUUUAAGCAAGGGGGGAUGGGGAGAGAGAAAGUUGGCUUUAAACACCUGAGAGCAUCCUGUUCUGACUAAAGAGUAUGUGUGUUGGGGGAAGUUUGGAGGGUCUUAAAAAAAAACCUUAAGUGGUGUAAAUUGGAGAAAGAUGAGUACUUUGAAAAUAGGAAGAGAAGGCAUUUUAUCAGUUGCCCUUUAUCUGUAUUCCAACCUUUGUGCCAUUGAGGUGUGACAGUGUCCAGCAACUCCACUAUCACUGGGUCCAGCUAGUGUUAGCUCUGUAUUGAAGUUGGCUGGUUCAAUUGAAAUAAAGAAGAUAAAAGAAAGUGAGGAAGAGGCAGAGAUAAGCAAAGACGUUAGCCUGCCACUCCUUGUGGAAAGUGGCCAUCAGAGGAAAAAACCUUCUUGUACAUCAGUUGGAGAAGAUGAAGUUCCAGCAGAAAGAAUCCUCAGCUUAAAUUGUAGCCCUAUGACGUCAAAGUCACCCACCAGCUUAGAAGGUUCAGAUUUAUCUUCCAUCAACACCAUGAUGUCAGCAGUAAUGAGUGUAGGGAAGAUUGCAGAGAAUGGUGGCAACACCCAGGCCAUCAAGUCGCCAACAAAGUCAUCAGGACCGAAUCGGAUUGGCAGGAGGAACCAGGAAACUAAAGAGGAAAAGUCUUCCUAUACUUGUCCCCUGUGUGAAAAAAUUUGCACUACUCAGCAUCAGCUAACCAUGCACAUUCGUCAGCAUAACACAGACACUGGAGGGACAGACCAUUCUUGCAGCAUCUGUGGAAAGUCUCUGAGCUCUGCAAGUUCCCUGGAUCGCCACAUGUUGGUUCAUUCUGGUGAAAGACCUUAUAAAUGUUCUGUUUGUGGACAGUCCUUUACGACCAAUGGAAAUAUGCACAGACAUAUGAAGAUUCAUGAGAAGGAUCCCAACACUACCACAAGUACAACGCCUCCAUCUCCACUGAAGCGCAGGCGGAUGACCUCCAAAAGGAAACUAAGUCACGAGGCUGAAUCGGAGAAAGAAGAACUAACACCUGCUAAAAAGAUGAUAGAGGAUCCUCAAUCAGGUGACACAGAGAAGAAAACAGAUGAAGUUUUUCACUGCCCAGUGUGUUACAAGGAAUUUGUUUGCAAGUAUGGCUUGGAGACUCACAUGGAGACCCAUCCAGAUAACCCCCUGAGGUGUGACAUUUGUUGCAUUAGCUUUCGCACACAUCGAGGACUGCUGCGUCAUAAUGCAGUUAUCCACAAGCAGUUUCCAAGAGACCCUACAGGAAAGCCUUUUAUUCAGAACAAUCCUUCAAUUCCUGCUGGCUUCCAUGAUUUAGGAUUCACUGACUUCUCUUGUAGGAAAUUUCCUCGCAUUUCUCAGGUCUGGUGUGAAACAAAUUUAAGAAGAUGCAUCAGUGAAUUUCAUCGUUUUAUUUGUGAGACCUGCAAUAAGGCCUUCCCCAUGCUUUCUGCACUCAAACUACACACACAAACCCAUAUGGUAGGGGAUCAGGGGAGUGAGAAGCACAAACUAGAGGCAAAGAGUCCCACGGAUGAGAGCCCUGAAAAGAAGGCCUUCAUGGCAGCCCUGGGCCUCCGGUCCACCAAAGACCUCCAGCCCCCUCCUGCGGAGGAGCCCGUGCUGGAUGAUAACCAAGCAAUACAGCUCGAGACCCUGAAGAGCGGCCUACCUCAGGAGCCCGGCAGCACCGGCCUGCUCACCCUGUCCCCUCUUGGUGCAGCUUCCCUGGGGGCCUCACUCACGGUCCUGCCCCCCACCAAGGAAAACAUGAAGCAUCUCUCCCUCCAGCCCUUCCAGAAGGGAUUCAUCAUCCAGCCUGACAGUAGUAUUGUCGUCAAACCCAUUUCCAGUGAGUCUGCCAUUGAGCUGGCGGACAUCCAGCAAAUCCUGAAGAUGGCGUCCUCGGUCCCUCCCCAGAUCAGUCUUCCGCCGCUGUCGAAGGCCCCUGCCACCCCCAUGCAGUCUAUCUUCAAGCACAUGCCCCCGCUGAAGCCAAAGCCCCUGGUCACCCCCCGCACGGUGGUGGCUACCUCCACCCCCCCGCCCCUGAUCAGCGCCCAGCAGGCGUCUCCGGGCUGCAUCAGCCCCAGCCUCCCCCCUCCGCCGCUGAGGCUGAUCAAAACCUCUGCGGAGGCCGCCUCCAACUCCCAGCUGCUGCAGCCCAAGUCCGGGGCCAAGCUGAAUUCUCCGUCUUCACAGCUCUUCCUCCAGUCUCGGGGGGAUGCUUCGGGGCAGCCCGAGAUGAAGACCCAGCUGGAGCAGGACAGUAUCAUCGAGGCCCUGCUGCCCCUGAACAUGGAGGCCAAGAUCAAGCAAGAAGUGACCGAGGGAGAGCUCAAGGCCAUCAUCGCCGGAGCGGCCGGCAAGAAGACGCCGGCCAUGCGCAAGGUCCUGUAUCCCUGCCGCUUCUGCAGCCAAGUGUUUGCCUUCUCUGGCGUGUUGCGCGCGCACGUGCGCUCCCACCUGGGCAUCUCCCCGUACCAGUGCAACAUCUGUGACUACAUCGCCGCCGACAAGGCCGCGCUCAUCCGCCACCUGCGCACACACAGCGGCGAGAGGCCCUACAUCUGCAAGAUCUGCCACUACCCCUUCACCGUGAAGGCCAACUGCGAGCGGCACCUGAGGAAAAAGCACCUCAAAGCCACCCGCAAGGACAUCGAGAAGAACAUCGAGUACGUGUCCAGCAACGCCGCCGAGAUGGUGGACGCCUUCUGCUCCCCCGACACCGUGUGCCGCCUGUGCGGGGAGGACCUCAAGCACUACCGGGCCCUGCGCAUCCACAUGAGGACCCACAGCGGGGGCGCCGCCGGCUGCCCCAAGGGCCGCAAGCCCUUCGAGUGCAAGGAGUGUGGCACCGCCUUCUCCACCAAGCGCAACUGCGUGCACCACGUCCUCAAGCAGCACCUGCAUGUGCAGGAGCGCGACAUCGACAGCUACGUCCUCGCCGUCGACUGCGGAGUGGGGCCCCGCGAGCCCCAGGCGCCCGACGCCGCCGCGCUGCUCGAGGAGGCCCCUUACGGGGACCGGAAGCCCCUCACUGCCUUCCUGGAGCCCCAGAAUGGUUUCCUUCGGGGAGCUGCCCAGCCGCCGCUGCCUUCCCACAUCUCCAUCAAGUUGGAGCCCACGAGCAGCUUCCCCAUGGACUUCAACGAGCCCCUGGAUUUCUCACAGAAGGGAAAGGCCUUGGCCUUGGUCCAAGUGAAGCAAGAGAACUCCUUUGUGGGUUCCUCCUCUUAUGACUGUUCCAUGGAGCCCAUCGACCUGUCCAUCCCCAAGACCCUUCGGCGGGAUAAGGAGGCGGCGGUACUGGGCGAAGCCAAGAAGCCCGAGCUGGGCCCUGGCUGUGGCGACCAGCUCUACAGCUGCCCUCCGCCCUGCCCCAGCCUGCCCGUGCCCCUCGCGGCCAGCGGGCCUUUGGAGAAGCCGACUGCCAGCACGGCUCCCUCUGCGGCCACCAACAGCCCAGGCCUUCCUCAUCCUGCCCAGCCCCUGCAGGCCCCCCUCCACCUCGCCGUCCCUAUCAUCUCCCCGGCCCUCCUGAGCAACUCGGCCCUGCUUCGUCCUCUUCGCCCCAAACCACCCCCGCUCUUGCCAAAGCCUCCUGUGACGAAAGAGCUGCCGCCCCUGGCCUCCAUCGCCCAGAUAAUCUCCUCCGUGUCCUCGGCCCCUGCUCUGUUGAAGACCGAGGUGUCAGACCCUGCCCCGAAGGCCGCCAGCAACCCUCUGCUCCCGGAGAAGCCAGGAGGCCCCAAGCAGAAGCCGGCAGCCAUCUCUGGCACCGGCAGCCCCAAAGAGCCCGGAGAGUCCGCCGUCCGGGCCGCCAGUCCCGGGGCCGCCUCGCCCAUGGAGCAGGGAUCAGCUGCUUUGUCAAAGAAGAGAGGCCGAAAGAAAGGGACCAAGAACCGGCCCAAGACAAACAGUAGCAGUGUGGACCUGGAGUCGAGCGGAGAGUUCGCCAGCAUCGAGAAGAUGCUCGCCACCACCGACACCAACAAGUUCAGUCCCUUCCUGCAGUCCGCCGAAGACGACGUCAAAGACGAAGCUGUGCCCGCCGACCCGACCGGGCCCAGCGACGACGAGCAGGACGCCCCUGAGGAAAAGCUGCUGAGGGGGAAGCGCAAUUCCUAUUCUGCCUGCCUGCAGAAGAUCAGCUGUCCCUACUGCCCCCGAGUGUUUCCGUGGGCCAGCUCCCUCCAGCGGCACAUGCUCACACACACUGGUCAGAAGCCCUACCCUUGUCAAAAAUGCGACGCCUUCUUUUCUACCAAAUCUAACUGUGAACGGCACCAAUUGCGCAAACACGGAGUUGCCAACUGCUCCUUGAGAAGAAACGGGCUUAUCCCCCAGUCAAAAGAAAGUGAUGUUGGAUCUCAUGAUAGCACAGAUAGCCAGUCCGAUCCGGAGAUCCCCGUUACGGGCGGCGAAGUGCUUGACCUCACGUCCAAGGAGCGGGAGCCGCCGCCCUCGGAGGGUGCCCAGGAGCACAGCCAGGACACCCAGGGCCACCCCGCGGACGAGGGGAAGGAGGAGAAGGCGCCCUCCCCGGAAGGAGGCCAGGAUCCUCCGCCGGAGGAGGACGCGGACGAAGAGAGGGAGGCUGUGGAGGAAAGGCCGGAGGACAUGGAAGGCCCAGAAGACGACACAGUCAGCAACAAGAGCCUGGACCUCAACUUUGCCAGCAAGCUGAUGGACUUCAAACUGGCCGAGAGCGAGCACACCGUGCCAGCCGGCGGAGGCUCCUCCGAGCAGGACAAGAAGCACGCUUGUGACGUCUGCGGGAAGAGCUUCAAGUUUGCCGGAACCCUCACCCGCCACAGGAAAGCCCACGCUCACGAGGAGCCGCGGGACGAGAGAGCCCCCGAGGAGGAGGCCGCCAGCCCCUCGGCCGCCGAGCACGAGGACAGCCCCGCCGAGCCCAAGGCCGCCGAGUCCCCGUGCGGGGGCAGGGACAACGAGGAGAGCGAGAGCAUCUCCGAGGGCGAGGGGGCCGCCGACAGGAAGUCCUCUGAGAAGAGUGACGACGACAAGAAGCCAAAGACGAACGGCACAAAGAGCGCCUCCAAGGCCGACAAGAGGAAGAAGGUGUGCACUGUGUGUAACAAGAGGUUCUGGUCCCUGCAGGACCUCACCCGCCACAUGAGGUCCCACACAGGGGAAAGACCGUACAAGUGCCAGACCUGUGAGCGGACCUUCACUUUGAAGCACAGCCUGGUUCGUCACCAGCGCAUCCAUCAGAAAGUCAAAAACACAAGACACCACGGCAAGGAAAGUGACAAGGAAGACCGGGGGGAGGACGACAGCGAGAACGAGUCCAUCCACAGCGGCAACAAUCCUCUCUCGGAAAAUGAGGGCGACUCCGCUCCCAAUCUCAACAGCCAUUCAGCCGUCACCCGAAGCCGGAGAGAGAAUCUGGCCGGCGUGGCCAAGGAUUUGAGUCGUCAGGAGGAUAAGUCGGGGGGAAGGACGCCUGGCGCUUGCCUAGCCGAGCCCAACAAAAGUGCCCAGAAGCCGGCCCCGGCCGGGACCACCGAGCAGGAGUCUCAGGGUAGUGCGGAUUGUGAGAGCCCAUCGGGCUUCAUUCAGGAUCUGUUGGAUGUGCACAGCAAGAGGCCUCCUGCGAACCACAUUCUUGCCUCGGCAGAGAGCGCGCCCCCACUUGUGGGAAUGGAAUGACCCAAUCAACCGUCUGUCCCCAGCACAUAGACUAAAGCCAGCAGAGCAAAGGUACCCCAAUCUGUAGCACACUGGAUUUCCUCAGUGACUCCAGUGGUCGGGGAGUGAGAGAGAGAGGGAGAGGGAGAGGGAAAGGAAGAAAUGAAGUAUGGCAGACUGACCCUAGUGCCAUAGCCCUUUCAGUAUAACAAUGCGAGAGACUACAGGAUAUACUGAUUCAGAGUGCCUUACUACUUUAUUAAAUCUUUUGGUAUCAUUGACCUUUUUUUUUUCCAAAAUGAUUUUUAAAAAAAAAUAUUUUAAUGAAUUAUUUGGAGAGGACCUUUUUCAUUUAAGCAUUAAGUUACCUUUUUGUAUUGGUGUGCGUGAGCCUGUUCGCGUGGAACUUUUGAUAGUUGCCGUGUUUUGUUCUGUGAGCCGGAAAUGGGGAAAAGAAACCAAUGCCCUUGGAUACCACGACUAACUGGAAGAAAAUGAUGUGAAUUUCCUGUACCAGAGGAAAAUUUGGAUGAGAGAAAAUUAAUUUCUCAAAGACGCUUUUGUACUUACUACGUGAUGGAGCUCUAAUCUGGUUCCAGGUAUUAAGACAAGUGGUUGAUGAAGGUAUUCAAAAUUGGUUCAAGCCAAAACCAGGAAAGAUGCUAGCUUCAACCUCAUCCUUGUUUCCACUCUUUUCGGCGUUAGAAAUGGUGUUAUUGUUUAAUGUUUUAAGACAUUUUUCCCUGGACUGAGCAUACAGAGAAGAGUUACCUUAGCAACUUAACCUAUGGAAAUUAUGCACAGCUGUCAUAUGUUUGAUUUUUUUGCUUCAAUAUAUGUAUUAUUAUUAUUAUUGUUAUUAUUAUUAUUAUUAUUAUUUUAAAAGUCAUCAGUUGCUAGGCUCUGCAGUCAGCAGAAACCAAUGGGCAAUAUUUGUCCGCGGAGAUCUAUGAUGCAGCUUUGGAUCCCUGUGUAAAUGUUUGAUUACAGCUUUGACUAGUUCACUAGCCCUCACUUGGCAGUUGUUCUACUGAACCUAAAUGAACCCUUCCUUCCUUAGCGACUGGAGAAAUAAAGUGGAGGCCAACAAGUAAUCACCACCAAUGUACAGGGGAACAUCUCAGCAGUGUGAGAGAGAGAGAGAGUGAGAGAGAGAGCGAGAGAGAGCGUGUGCAUAUAUGUGCAAACAAAUGCACCCCCAUGGGGGGAGGUAGUAGAGGUAACAGGAUGAGAGGGACCUCCAAAUGCAUCAGGAAAGCGCUGCAAAGAAGUUUUGUGGACAGAACGGCAGUGAUGAAAAAAAUCUGUUACUCACCAAUAAGGUAGUCUUCCAGCUCAAUGACAUGCAAGCCUCACCCACUUUUGCUACUGACAUAUUUGCAAAGCAAAGAAAUGCUACUACUGGUUUUUUAUUAAAAAAAAAAAGACAAAACAAAAACAAAAGCUGACAAGUGCAGUUUGGGCUGGUGCUUGAAGAUGAACAUGUCAUUUCUGAUUCCCUCUCCAUAAUCCAAACCCCUAGAUGCAGAGAGGAAGAAUUUUCUUAAGAGGUAUCCCAUGUAGGCAGUGGAAUUCGCUGCAGCCACCAAUGUUGAGGGGUAGAAAAAAAAUGUCUCCUACUGUAGCUGAGCUUUGUGCUCAGCAUCUUUUUUUUUUGUCCUUCAGUCAUGACCUCUAGGACAUAGAGCCAAUAGUAUUGCCAGGGAUGCCCUGUGCUGUUCCUCCACUUGAACCCUCUUCCCCUCUCCCACUGCGAUUACAACUGCAGCCCUUCCCACCUCUUCUAAGUUUCCUUUCUAAGAUUUCUUCCUCCUUUGGGCCUUAACUUAUCCUCCUUCUUUACCUUUGUCUGUAUAUAUGUAGACACGUACAUGCAUGCUUCUCUCACACACCCGCCCCCUCUUUUUUUGACCUCUUAAUUCUUCCCUGACUCCCAGAGGUGGAAAUUGAGCUGCCCAGACUUCCCACAGAAAGAGAAGUCUUCUUGAGAUGAAUGGAAAGUGAUAUGAGAAGAAAGAAAGGUUGAGAUACAUGUCAUGGUAAACAACUUGUACCAGGAAUGUCCGGAUUAGUUUCCAAACAAGGGUUUUCCUCCAGACAAGAACAAAUCAGAACCAAUGAUCCCCUUUCUAACUUCUACAGGGUGUGACCUACCGAGGCAAAAACCAAUUCACACAUCUAUCUCCCCUUCGUCUUACUUUCAUUGUUGUUGAUGUCAUUGUUUGGGGUUUCUUGUGGGGCUUUUUUUGUUUUGUUUCUUUGCAGCUCUCCACACUAGACUGAGAAAUGAUGUGGGGGGAAAGCCAUCACUAAUCUGUGCUGCAGUGAGAUGUAGCAGAUCAUCAGCUCCCAGCAGUGCCGCCGGGACGUCAGCUAGCAAUAAUCACUAUUGAUCGAAAGCUUUAUGUAGUCUUUAUAUCCUAGUAGAUGAUAAAAGUCUUGCCACAUUUUUUUGACAUUUUUAUUAGUUGAUUUUGAAAAUUUGUUGCUGUUUGUCAGUCUCCCUCCCCUCUUCCUCUCCCAUCUCCCUCCUCUGUGCUCCCAAUAUUAAACUGUGAAGUUUAUAAUGUGUUUAAACUAUGGGUGAAUCUUAGACUUAGUUUGCAUGUUCAGCUAAUUUGUCUCUAUACAUUUUGUUUGAUUCUUUUUUUUUCCUCUCAGGGCUUUUACAAAAAAAAAAAAUGGAUCUUCUGAAAUUUUUUUGUGUCUGAGGUGCAAGUUUUUUUUGUUUUGUUUUUGUUUUUUUGAUUAAUGGACUUAACGCUGAGCUAAUUCAAUCACUACAUUAAACACGACUGUGAAGCAAACCAGAGAAAACUCUGUGGGGCUAUUUUUUUUUAAAAUAGCUUUGGGGAGCUACAUGACAGUCGAAUGCCAGUUUCAGAAAGAUUCAUCAUAUUCUCUGACCCUUGUUUGUCUGUAUCUUCUUUUCCCCUCUCUUCAAGAAGGAAGUUAAUCUUAGUGAUUUCAGCCCAUGCAUUAAACAGGAAACAAUAAUAAAUGUGUAGAAUUCAUAUUUUUCUAAAGGGAACUUAAAACUGCUGCUACAAGUUAUGUACAAAACUGGUCUACGCCACAUGAACAGAGAAUCACAAGUUUUGUUUUGGUACUUUUUAUUCCUCUUUUUAUUUCGUUGUAUAGUACUUCCAAAUUCAGAAUGAAAGUAAAGCUGUUCUGUAUUGAACCAUCUAAGCAAUAAAAUGUUAUAUUUAAAAAUUA